UUUAGAUGUUGUUUACAAUAAGGUUUUGAUGACUUCAGUAGAAGAGGAUGAAAGAAAAGAAGAAAAAACACCAAAGAAACCACAUUUACCAGAUUCAAACCUUGUUAGAAGUGAUGGUAAAGUGAUGACCGCUGGUCCCUCCCAACAGUCUCUAGCAGCCAAACCUUUGUCACCUCAAAAAUCUGACAGUGUCUCCAAGAGAAUACCAGAGGUAAAAACACACAUGAAAUCGAAAAUGACAAAAGAAGAAAUAAGAAAGAGAAUGGAAAAAGUCCUCAAAAGUGGAAACUACAAGAUGAAAGUUGGAAGACUGAUUUUUUGGGACUUUGGUGGACAGUAUGUUUAUUAUACGACACACCAAACCUUCAUGACGUUCAGAGCUUUGUUUCUUGUGGUAUUCGACGGAAGCAAAGGAUUACAUGAACUGGUCCCAGAUGUUCUGUGUUUUCCAGGGCAGCACAUGACACCAACCCCAGCAGUAUUCCUUCAACAUUGGGUUAACUCUAUUCUAACAUAUUGUAAGGUGGUAUAUGUAGGCAUUCCGAAGAUCUUAUUUGUUGCCACUCACAAAGACCAAAUACCAGUGGAGGAUGUGGAGUCCAGGCGUAAGGAGUUGUACAAUGGAGUAGAGGAAUUGUUCAAGGACCACGAAGGACGAAACCAUCUUGUCCUAACACAACGGAUAUUUGUCAAUGCAAGGGAUAACACAGAUACAGAAAUUGAAGUCCUGAAGAAAGCCAUCACAGAACUUACGUUUGAACAUCCUUGUUGGGGGGAGAAGAUGCCCAACGCUUGUGUCCCCCUUGAACUGGAGAUUGCAGAGCUGGUGGCAGAAGGAAAACAAAUCUUAUCAUUGAAGGAUGUAGAAGAAUUGAAUGCUAUAAGCAAGGUGUCUGUACUGUCCCAAGACCAACUCAAAGAUUUCCUAAAUUUCCACCACUCCUUGGGGAAAAUUGUUUACUUUGAUACUCCACACCUUAAAGAUUUCGUAAUCAUCAACCCCUUACUCAUGGUGGAGGUUAUGAGGUCUUUUGUGACAGAUAAAGUAUUUUGGCCAGAGGAAAAGAGAAUUCAGGAAACUUUCAAAAGAAUGUCAAAAUCUGGGACCAUAAGACGGGAAGACCUCUACCUAAUUUGGGAGCAAAAAGAUUUCAGUGUAAUUUUACCAUACAAAGAGUUUAUAUUUAACAUCCUGAUAUAUCUAGAUAUCCUAGCAGAGCAACGGAGAUAUGAUACAGUUACAGGAAUUCGGUUACCAGUGGAAAACUUUUUUGUUCCCUGUAUGGUUACAGAAAGAAAUAACACCAGCUUCAUGGACAAAGAAUGUACUGCAGAGAGAGCUAUAUGUUUAGCUUUUUUAUUUAAAGGCACUAUUAUACCACCAGCCCUACCAAAUCGUCUGAUCAGUGCUUGUCUGAGCAUGUGGACCGUGAAGCAGUAUGAAGGGAGACAACUCCUGUUCUCAGGAUUUAUUGGUUUAUCCUUUGACAAGUCACAUGAUAUAGUUGUAUGCGUUGAAGGCAACAAGAUUCUCCUUUACAUCGUUCACAGAACCUCCUCCGGGUUAAUCGUACCUGAUAUAGCUACAGGUGUUAAGGAAUGCUUGGUUACAACAAUGGAAAGAAUUUCAGAUUUCUAUCAGUCUACAAUCCAUGCAAAACGCAGCAAACAAUCAAUUUUCCAAAUUGAAUACUCAUGUUCAAAAUUGCAUUCUUUCAUCAGUGAGAAGGAAGCUUUGCAGACAAGUGAAUGGGUUUGUGACGAACAUAAACUAACACACAGAGAUGGAAACUGGCUUGUUUGGAAUCAAGAUAAGAAGAAAGAACAGUGUGAGCAGAACUGUCCAGGUUUAAGUGAAGAUGCUUUAAACCAGAUACCAAGUGAUCUUGAAUUGUUGCGUUUUUCAAUGAAAUGUCCAUCAAGCCAAAUGUUUGAAUUAGUUACAUAUCUUGAAAUGUCUGAGGAAUGGGAUGAUACCUCACACAAUUAUCCAAACGAUAUAAAACUAGCAAAGUUUCUGGUAUUAUCAAACAUGAAAGAAAAGAAAAGAAAAUUCAAAGCGUUGAAAGAAGCUCUGACCAAAAUGGAUAUAUCAACACAUGUGUUAUGUCAAGUAAGAAGAGUCAGAAAAGCAGAAACGGAUAUUCCUGUUGAUUACUUGGACUUAAUUCCAACAGAAGAAAUACUAGAUACAUUAGCUCCACAGAUUGGUCAGGUAUUUUUCCAACUUGGCACAGCAAUUGGGCUAUCCAUUGCCAAUUUGGAAAAUAUACAGAGCAAUAAUCCCAGAGACUUAGCAGCACAGAACAGGGAAGUACUAUUUACUUGGAAAGAGGAGAAAACAGUCAAACCUUCAUUACAAGUGCUUGUUCAAGCUUUAUUCAAUAUUGGAAGAGGGACCACAUGUUUGGAGGAAAUCAUGCGAAAUGUAGAUAUAAACACACUUAAAGCUUCAGAAGAAACCGGACAUAAAAGUAAAGGAGCAAUUCCAAAGCAAAUAACAGUAAAACAUGUUCCUGCAACAUCAAAAUUUGAUAAACAGACACCACGUCAGGGAAACAUUAUUAGGCCAUCUAGGAUACCUGUAGCAGUAAAGAAAGUGACACCAACUACACAGAGAAAGCUAAGACAAACUAAUCUGCCACCGAAAGGAAAGAGAAGUGACAAAUCGUAACUCUUUCAAGUGUCAUUGCAUCAAAAAUUGUAAAUGGCAACAUAUUUUUGAAAUUAUUUUAUAUAUUUACCUAGUAUAAACACAAAAUGUAAUCUUUAAAAAUAAUCAACCGAUGUAAACAAAGUCAAACAAAUCAUUACAUUUUUAAAGAUUUUUGGGGAUGACCACUAUUAAGGGAGUUGAUAGAAUAUCAAAAUUAAUCACACAGUUAGCACAAACUUUUGAUAACUUUUGUAUUAUCAUUUUCUUUU